AUGGGUGUAUUCGGUUCGAUGGAUCCACACACCAAACCGACGGCAUCGCGUGCGCAGACACCCAAGAUGUUCCACAACAUGAGUUCGCCGCCGACUAUAGCUGCCACUCGAUCGCGGCGAUUGAUUAAACCCAAUCCGAAGUACACCAGCGAUGACAUCGACGAUCUGAGCGAUAUCACCGAGGACGAUGACGAUUCCCAACUGCACAAGUCGGACGACGACGACGACGACGACGAUCUGAGCGACGGUGAGUUCCAGGAGAAGCUGCGUCCCCGCAAGCUGCCGUCAGUGAAGCGUGGGCCUGGACGUCCGCUGAAGGCCAGUAAAUUGGCCAACACGGCCGGCUCAUCGGUGGCAUCCAAGAUGGGCGCUUCAUCCGGACGCCCGACACCUAGCAGCCUGCAACAGCUGCUGCGCAACGAUAGUGAUAGCGAUAUUCCGGUGGCGCGCAAACGCUUCAUGGGCGCCAGCGGUGAGGGCAGCGUGUCCCUCGACAACGGGGCCACCAAGAUGCGCAAACUUCGAAAGUUGCCGCGGAGUUCAUCGGUGACGUUUAAGAUUAACACCGGCAGCGGUAAUCGCUCUGUACCGGGCAAGUCACGGUCCGCGGGUAGUGGUGGUCGUGGAGGAGCAUUGUCCGCUGCCAUCGACUCGAAACUUUACAAGUCGGAUGACGGAGACGACGUGCCCACGUUCACCAUUGUCAACAUAGACGACAUUAUCAAUAAGGAAGAUCCUUCGAUAAGCAGAGCGAAUAUCAAUAUCGCCGCUGCCACAGCAGCAGUCGCACACACGAGCGGCGCAACUGGCAAAAAGCGGGGCCGGCCCCGCACCAGGGGCAUCCCACCCAGCAGCAGCGCGGUCGAGAAAUCGAUCCCCUCGUCGGUGGGCUUCUCGCUAAGAAGUUUGAGUUUACCCAAACGCAGCAACACCGCCAAAAAAUCGCGUUCCGGCUACAAUCAAAACUUUAUUCCAAUGAAGCGACAGCCACGAAUUCUCAAUACGGAAAUGGGCAAGAAAGCGCAGGCCAUUAAUCCGCUUAUGAACAUGGAGGAUGAACUGGAGCCCGACUUGGAUUUCGACAAUGAUGAGCCUCGGGCAAAGAUUGUGAAACGCAAGAAUGUCAAGAAAAUCGCUUCUACAUCUACAAGGCAGAGAGCAUCGGCCGGCAAUGCUCGCCCGGAGCGGAAACUGUCGCAGCUACUGCAUGAGUCCGGUUCGGAGUCGAGUUCUGGGGAGCUGACGCUCUAUAAGAAGCCCGGUAUCAGUAUCCAGCUAUGCAGCAAAGAGAAUAAUCAGCAGGAGGACGACCUGAAGGAUUCGGAUGGUGCGGAUGCGGAAGACAGCAGCAACAGCAGUAGCCAUACCGAAUACUUUCCACCAGAGACGACCACCUAUGGCGAGGAGGACGGGUGCGUCGUUAAAAAGAUCACCUGCUAUGAGUCGUGGCACGUGAUCAUACCGUGGGAAUCGCCGCCGAAAACGACGGAGCAUCAGCGCACCUUCCUGGCGCUGCCGCUCGUUAAGCUGGCCAAUGCCGCAGGCCGGAUCAAGAUGCCGUCCAGCAAAUGGUCCAGAGUCAUCAACCUCUACAAGGUGCCGCCAACGUUAAUGCAGCGCCAGACAAUGACCAUAUUCACCGGCGACCUGAAGCCAUACAACAUACCCGAGGAGGAGCGGGACAAGUACCAGCCGUCGUGCGUCCUGUUCCGGCGUUCGACGCUGGACAGGACCAAGUGCCGGGUGUCCUACGAUCGGGCCGUUGUCUUCAAGAACAAAUGGUUCUAUGCGAAUAUCGAUGGGAGGCACGUCAAUUUAUUGGGUUCCCCGAAAACGGUCGCCACCCUCAAGGAUGUGGAGAUCCUGCUGGAUAUUGUCGAUCAUCUGACACUCGACAGCGAAAUGGUCGAGAUAAUAAAUGCCAACUGCACCGGCAGGUAUAACCACUAGGACACGCAUCACAUUAUAAAAAACACCCGUACAUACACACAAUUAAUGGGAUUUUCAUUCGAGAAAUCGAAAAGGAAUUAUAUUGCAUGUCCGUUAGCUUAGUCCCACUCACACAUUUAUUUGCAUUUACACCAACACCUGAGCUCUGUAAACUAAAUAAAGCCCGCCGACAUCACCGAAAACAAAAAGCGCCAGAAAAAGCAGGAAGCGGGGACAGGACCAGGAACCAACUCAAACAGCAGAGCAAGUUCUUUUCUCAUUAAGUCCUGUGUUUACACAUAGACACCCGCCCACUCGCCCUGCCACCCCAUCACACACACACAAAUAAAACACCUCUUUUAUCCACACACACACACAGACAGCUACUUGUCUAUACAUAUUUGCGCAAUUUUCACACCAGCGGCGACAUCGGCUGCGAACGAGCCUAAUGAGUCCAAAUCCGUUGCCCGCAACUUUCGGUGCCACGCCCCCUCGGGGGUCCUGUGAAAUCCAUAGGACACGAUACGAUAGCCCUGCCUGCCAGCCUGUGCCUUUAUCUGCCCUGCCCCCUCCCGACAGCCAGCCAGCCAGCCCGUCUCUCCGGGCCUGUUGACAAAAUAAAGGCCAACAAAAUGAGAGGCCCUGGUGUAAUUUGUUGAAAAGCUGCGUGGUAAAAAAGAAACAUGUUCACACUGGACGACCGGAAAAACAACAAACAACACCAGAGCAACAACAAGGGGCAAGAUACAACAACAGCAAGCACAAUGCCAAAUAGAAGGCAAGUUUUAAUUAAUCAUGACGGGCUAAACAAAAGUCGAGUUUUCCACACAGAG